AUGCUGACAGUAGUAGACUAUGACAUCCAAAACCCAGAGGCAAUCCCCCUGGCCAAUAUCCAGGCAGAGACAGUAGCCAAAGCGUUGCUCUGGAUAUUUGCCAGAGUGGGUUUCCUGUGUGAGAUUAUCUCACGCAGUCCUGGCCCUGAAAUCUACCAAGACCAACAUGCUGUAGACCGAGUGGUAGAGCAGCUGUGUGGCACUACCUACCUGGUAGCCAAAUGUUCAGAUGACCGGGUCCGUGGGACCUUUCAUGUGAACAUGUUGAAGGCAUACCAGGAGAGGCCCAAAGAGGUAGCCGCCAUAUGCACUCCUACCAUGGAGGACUCAGAGAGUCUCCCCAUGUCGGAGCUACCUGGGCGGAAUAGGGCACCCGCAGGCAUAGGGGACAUAAAGUUAGAUGAGAGGCUAGGGACUGUGCAGCUGGAGCAACUCAGACAGGUAUUAGAUAUCCGACAAGACAUGUUCUCCACUGACCCUGGACAUCAGCACAGCCAGCCAAAAGAUAGCACUGAAGCCCUACGCCCAGAGCCUUCUCAUGCCAAGACCUUGAUGGACAUAGGAGUAAGACGCAUCUUCUCUGAAGAACAUGACAUCUUUCGACAAAGUGCCAGGAGAUUUUUUCAACAAGAAGUAGCGCCAUACCACGCAGAAUGGGAGAAGGCCGGGCAGGUGAGCCGAGAAGUCUGGGAAAAGGCAGGUCAGCAAGGGCUUUUGGGCAUUAAUAUUCCUGAAGAACACGGCGGCAUCGGUGGGGAUAUUCUGUCAUCAGCCAUUGUGUGGGAAGAGCAGAUGUAUGUGAACUGCACAGGCCCAGGGUUCAGCCUUCACUCUGACAUUGUGAUGCCUUAUAUCUCAAGAUAUGGCAGCAAGGGCCAGAUUGAGCGUUAUAUUCCAGAAAUGGCUGCAGGCAAAUGCAUUGGGGCCAUUGCUAUGACAGAGCCAGGGGCUGGAAGUGAUUUGCAGGGAGUACGUACAAAUGCCAAAAAAGAUGGAAAAGAUUGGAUACUAAACGGCAGUAAGGUAUUUAUUACAAAUGGAUGGAUGAGCGAUGUGGUGGUAGUCGUUGCUGUAACAAACCGUGAGGCCCGGACACCUGCUCAUGGCAUUAGUCUCUUUCUUGUGGACAAUGGAACUAAAGGCUUUGUGAAAGGGCGCAAACUGGAAAAAAUUGGACUUAAAGCUCAGGAUACUGCAGAACUGUUUUUUGAAGAUGUUCGUCUCCCUGCUGAUGCUUUGUUAGGAGAAGAAAAUCGAGGCUUUUACUACCUGAUGGCAGAACUUCCUCAAGAAAGGCUAUUAAUUGCAGAUAUGGGCCUUGCUAGCUGUGAGUUUAUGUUUGAGGAGACCAGGAAUUAUGUUAAAGGAAGAAAGGCAUUUGGAAAAACAAUUGCUCAUUUACAGACAGUGCAGCACAAGCUGGCUGAGAUGAAAACACAGAUCUGUGUGGGUCGAGCAUUUGUAGACAGCUGUCUUCAACUUCAUGCAGAGAAGCGUCUGGAUUCCUCAACAGCUUCUAUGGCAAAAUAUUGGGCUUCUGAUCUCCAGAAUGCUGUGGCGACCCAAGGUGUCCAACUCCAUGGAGGAUGGGGAUACAUGUGGGAAUACCCCAUUGCAAAAGCUUAUGUAGAUUCCCGUGUUCAACCAAUUUAUGGCGGUACAAAUGAGAUUAUGAAGGAACUAAUUGCAAGAGAUAUUGUGAAAGACAAGUAAAAUUCACCUUAUAUUCUAAAAACCAAAACUGCAAUUUGCCUUAAAGUCUGUUUUUAUUUUUCAUUUUUUUUUUAAAGAGUUGUAAAUUUUGAUAUUGAUCUAAUGUGAAGAAUGUUUAAUGUAGAAAAAUAAAAUUAUUUACUGGA